AUGAGCGGAUCGAAAUCAAAUGAAAGUGCUGCUGCAUCAUCAAAUAUUCGCCAACCACGGCAACGUAUGGCACAAAAUUAUCUUCUCAUAUGGGUAGAUGCCAACAACGACCAAGCAGAUAAGGACUGCCAUAAUACACUGGCUCAACUAAAGGACGUGGUCAACGACGUCAAUCUUUGCACUAAAUCGGAUCAGUGCAUCCAACUACUCAACCAGAUUAAGAAUAAAAGAGCCUUUGUUUUAACAUCCGGGUCAUUAGGUCAACACUUGGUUCCUCAAAUUCAUGACAUGCCACAGUUAGAUGCAGUUUACAUCUUCUGUGGCGAUAAAUCAAGACAUGAGGGAUGGACUCAGAACUGGACAAAAAUUAAAGGUGUCAAUACAAACAUUGAAGACAUUUGCCAAGUAUUACAAUUGGCGGUUAAAAAAUGCGACCAGGACUCAGCUACUGUAAGUUUUCUGGCGGUAAAUGAAAUGGCCUCAGCUAAGGAUUUAAAUCAGUUGGAGCCAACUUUCAUGUAUACUCAGCUGUUCAAGGAGAUUAUCCUUGAUAUCGAAUAUGAUCGCAAGGCAAUCAAGAAUUUAGCAGCUUGUUGUCGCGAAGUCUUUACUGGCAAUUCAGCUGAAUUACAAGUGAUUAAUGAAUUUGAACGUGAUUACGAUCUAGAAAAAGCAAUAUGGUGGUAUACACGUGAGUGUUUUACCUACAAAAUGCUCAAUCGAGCACUCCGACUUAUGGAUGCCGAUAUAAUGAUUAAUAUGGGCUUCUUUCUACGUGAUGUACAUCAACAAAUUCAACAGCUGCAUGAACAACAAGUCACUAGUUAUGAUGGAAAAUCUUUUAAAAUAUAUCGAGGGCAAGGUCUUAUGAAAUCAGACUUUGAAAAACUUCAGAAAGCAAAAGGUGGACUUAUGUCAUUUAAUAACUUCUUGUCUACCAGUAAAACUAAAGAUGUGUCUCUCAAUUUUGCUCGAAAUGCCUCAGCAGAACCAAAUAAGGUGGGCAUUCUCUUUCUAAUUUCCAUUGAUCCUCGUUUAAAAUCAACACCAUUUGCUGCCAUCAAGGAGGAGAGUUUUUUUAAGAAAGAAGAAGAAAUCCUCUUCUCAAUGCACACUGUCUUUCGAAUAAGUGCGAUUAAACAAAUGGACAAUAAUAAUCAACUUUAUCAAGUUGAGUUACAAUUAACAUCGGAUGAUGAUCAACAACUACGAUUACUUACUGAUCGGAUACGAGACGAAGCUGGUGGUCAUACAGGAUGGCAACGAUUGGGUAAAUUAUUAAUUAAAAUUGGUCAUUUUAAUAAAGCUGAAGAACUUUAUAGCGUAUUACUUGAACAGACAUCUGAUGAGGGCGAGAAAGCGCAUUAUUAUGUAUGCCUGGGAUAUAUCAAAGAUGAUCAGGGUGAUUAUGGAAAGGCUAUUUGGUAUUACGAACAAGGACUUAAAAUUCAAGAAAAUACUCUUCCUCCAAAUCAUUCUCAGUUGGCUACUUCAUACAACAACAUUGGUAGAGUGUAUAUCAACAUGGGAGAGUAUUCGAAAGCACUUUCAUUCAACAAAAAAGCACUUGAGAUCUUCCUAAGAACUCUUCCUUCGGAUCAUCCUAGUUUAGCUACUUCAUAUAACAACGUCGGUAAUGUGUACGAGAACAUGAGAGAGUACUCGAAAGCACUCUCGUUAUACAAAAAAGCACUUGAAAUUCAAGUAAAAACUCUUCCUUCAAAUCAUCCUAAUUUGGCUAAUUUAUAUAACAACAUCGGUAAUGUGUAUGAAAAGAUGGGAGAAUACCUGAAAGCACUUUCAUCACAAGAGAAAGCACUUGAAAUCCGAGAAAAGACUCUUCCUGCAAAUCAUCCUGAUUUGGCUACUUCAUACAACAACAUCGGUAAUGUAUAUACCCAAACAGGACAGUACUCGAAAGCACUCUCAUUAUACGAAAAAGACCUUGAAAUUUCUCAAAAAAUUCUUCCUUCAAAUCAUCCUGAUUUGGCUACUUCAUACAACAACAUCGGCUGGGUUUAUAGAAAUAUGAAAGACUAUUCGAAAGCACUGUCAUAUUUUGAACGUGCUCUGGACAUAAAACAGCGAAGAUUACCUCCAACUCAUCCUGAUAUUAAAGAUGUAAAGGAGAGUAUUGAAGUUGUAAAAGAAGAAAUUUUAAAGAAUAAUUCAUAA